AAAGUGUCCAACUAGGGUUCUCAGCCCAAACCCCAUCUCUCCGCAACUCAAAUCUCUCUCUCUCUCUCCCCCCUCCAAUGGCGGCCAUAACCCGCCUGGCAAGGUCGUCCUCUUCCAUUUCUUACUUGAGAAGAUGCUUAUCUUCAGCCAUUUCAUCAGAAACCAAUCCUCUUUUUACAAGCCGCAAAGAUCCCAAGGACAGAAAUGUCCAAUGGGUGUUUCUCGGCUGCCCGGGCGUGGGCAAGGGCACCUACGCCAGCCGCCUCUGUAAGCUCCUCGGCGUUCCCCACAUCGCCACCGGCGAUCUCGUCCGCGAAGAGCUCGCCUCCUCAGGGCCCCUCUCUCAACAGCUAUCGGAGAUUGUGAACCAAGGUAAAUUGGUCUCAGAUGAAAUCAUAAUAAGCUUAUUGUCAAAAAGACUGGAGUCUGGAGAAGCUAAAGGUGAUUCAGGAUUUAUUCUUGAUGGUUUUCCUCGAACAAUAAAUCAAGCGGAAAUAUUGGAAGGGGUGACCGACAUUGACUUGGUGGUCAAUCUGAAGCUCCAGGAAAAUGUUUUGCUUGAGAAAUGUCUUGGAAGAAGAAUUUGCAGCGAAUGUGGGAAAAAUUUCAAUCUGGCAUCCAUCAAUGUCAAGGGUGAAAAUGGGAAUCCUGGUAUUAGCAUGGCUCCACUUCUUCCCCCACCACAUUGCACAUCAAAGCUUAUUACUCGGUCAGAUGAUACUGAAACAGUUGUAAAAGAACGGCUUCGUGUAUACAGUGAAAAGAGUCAGCCUGUGGAGGAAUUUUAUCGUAGUCGAGGAAAAUUAUUGGAGUUUGAUCUGCCUGGAGGGAUCCCACAGUCCUGGCCGAAAUUGUUGGAAGCUCUUAAUCUUGAUGAUUAUGAGGAGAAGCAGUCUGCUGCAGCAUAAGCUAUUUCACCAUACCUCUGAAGGUAUGUUAUUCUUUGCAUGUAAGGUGCAUGCCCGUGAUUUUUCUGUUGAGGGGAGGGGAAAAGGAUGAGAAAGAACAUUUUUUUUCUCCUUUUUGAAAAUAAAAAAACUUGAAAUCUGUGUAGUAAUUUGAUCUCUAUCAGAUGCCUGGAUAGGGUUUUUUUUUUUUUUUUUUUGGUUUUAGAUGAAGAGGUUUCUGGUGUGUUAUUGUGUAAGAGGAGAGAGAGAGAGAGAGAGAGAGAGAGAGAGAGAGAGAGAGAGAGAGAGAGAGAGAGAGAGAGAGAGAGAGAGAGAGAGAGAGAGAGAGAGAGAGUAUUUGUUACUGUAUUAUUUGAGGGAUGGUUUUGUUUUAGGAAGCAAAUUUUUUUUUUUUUUUGAUAAGUUGUUUUAGGAAGCAAUUAUAUGGCAGCAAUAAGCUUCUUCAACGGUGGAAGCUGAUAUAUUGAUACUGUAUUGUUGUAACUUAUGAUUAAUGAUUUACUUGACAAUCUGAAGUUCCUGACAAACGCAAUCUUUUUUUAUAUUGAUUUCAAAAUGAUACCAGAUCUCAUCUUUCUUA